AUGGAUGAUAUGGAACCUGAACAAACACCAACUGUUGUUGAAUAUUUCGCUGAUGAAGUUGUCAAUAACUUUAGGAACAAAGAGAUGAUGAUCAAAUUGAAGAUCGAACGUUUGACGAGAUCACCAUUUCACAACUUGUUUCAAACAUUCCUGGACAAGGCUGUCAAUGUCCAAGUGCAAGUGUCGCAAAGCCAUGGCUUUGUUCAGCCCACGCGACCCCCACGCGGCAUAUUCCCUGCAUUAGUCGAGCCCCCACGAGUCCAUGCGCCACAACAACAUGACUCUUCCACAACAAACAAGACAGAGUCCCUAUCAUCAUCAUCCUCGGCCUCUGCUGUUGAGCCUUCUGACCAACAGAUACAGUUCAAGUUGGAUAAGUUUAUGAUCGAGGAGAAGAUAGACCGAGCCAAUGAACUGGUCGUGAUGAAUAUCGCACGUUUGAUGACUCCGUAUCUGGCAGAGAUUGAACAUACUUCACAACAGCUGGUUAUGGCCUACUCACAUGGAUACAGCGUCCAAUCAUUGGUCGGAUAUCUGCGACCGCUGCUCAGUCUUGAACAAUGGAUCAAGCAAGAAUGGAUAAAGAAGCGUUUCCACAUUAUGAUGUCACAUCAAAAGUCAUUGGCAUGCGAUUACAUCCUGGAGGCAAGACGAUUGUCCGGUGUGCUGAGGCCUGCACUCAAGCAAUCUGGCGGCAGUAGUUCUGCGGCCACAGCAUCUCAAUCCAACGCCAAUGCAAAUGCCAACGCGGCAUUGGGCAGAGGUCGACGUGUACUAUCACGGAAACAUCAAGAUCUGAUUAAUGCGUGGUUCACCGAGAAGAUAACAUCCCCAUUCCCCAACGAUGAUGAGAAGGUACUACUGGCUGCACUAGUCGAUCUAUCAAAAUCACAGAUAGAGAACUGGUUCGGUAAUAGGCGUGUAAGAAUGAGAAAGAGUUUAAUAGCUGGUGUCAAAGAGGAUACUUCUACUACAACAACUACCACUGCUGCUGCUGGAGGAGGUGGUGGUGGUGCAGUCGCAAACAACAACAACAUAAGUAUUAGU